AUGUCGCAAUUUCAAGGGUUUAAGGUUCAGGUGGAGUUGAGAGAUGGAAAGUUGAUCACGGGCUAUAUCUCAAAGUGUAACUCUAAGUCGCUUACUUUACAAGAUGUUGAAUUUUCUGAUGGCGGUAUCUCGCAGAUAUUCAAAGUUAAGUCUUCUCGUUUACGUGAUUUAAAGGUCAUAGGCGUUCCAAAAACUAGUAAGAAGUGGCUAUGCAAUAAUGGAAACGGUAGCAAUAUAACUACUACUGUUGAGACCAAUGGAACUAAUAACAAUAACGACAACAGUAGUAGAUGCAGUAUAAGCAGUGGAAACAUUGAUGUAAACACUGAAUAUAGUCCAACGACUGGAAAAUCUGUUACUGGGAAUAAGCAGGACAGUUCUUGGGAAUAUGAUGAGGAUUUGGACAAACUUAAAAAUGAGGAAUUUGACUUCCAGAGUAACCUACGGAUGUUUAAUAAGCAAGAUGUGUUCGCAAAACUGAAGCAACAGGAAGCAGUUAGUCCUAGUGAGCGUCUUGUGUCACACAACAGGAUAAAGAAGCCCAAGUCGAAUUUUGAGCAUGCGGAAAUGGUGCUUCCAAACGCCAAAAACGACGAUUGGGACAGGACUGGCACCAAUACUCCCGCGGGAUCAAGUGCGUCCGCACCUAUAAAUGGACCUGCUCCUACACUUGCUUCAGCACCAGCACCUACCCUAACACCAGCACCUAUACCUGACUACAUGCCAAUAACUAAAUCUAUCAAUAUAACGCACCUGUUGCAACAAAACAAAAGUACUACCACAGAAGAAGAAAUGAUUAGCAAGUUACAAAAAGUCCUGUCACCAGCCUCUAGAUCACCAUCAAUGAGCAAGGUUAUGGGCUUGCGUACCCUGAAAUCGAAUCUUGCAGUACCCUUAGCCACUCCAGUGCAACUCUUGGAAAUGGAGAGACUUGCGUUAGACACGUUUUUGUUCCCUCCAGCGCUAUCAUUGGAGCACAGUGCUAUUCACUUGUCCAAAUUCAUUAAGAAGAAGCUCGGGGGGUCAAUUCGCUUGCAUAACGCUAACAACAAUGCUCAGCCCUUGAUAGUCAUAUUCGCCAGUGACAAUCGUUGUGGAGCACGCGCCCUAGCGGCAGGUCGUUGUCUAGCACAAAAUGGUCACAUAAGAGUCAUAUCUAUAUUGACUACGGAAACAGCCAUGCAUAGUACAAUAACGGCUUCCGUAUCUGAUGAAACUGUUAAAGUCCAGCUAGAAAUGUUCCUCAAAUUCGGCGGCAAAAUCGUGGACAGUAUUGCAGGUCUUAAGUCUAUGCUAGACCAACUAAACUCCCCUGUCGAGAUUGUCAUUGAUGCAAUGCAGGGUUUUGACUGUAAUGUGGGUGAUCUUAUCGAAGAUUCCAUGGAAUCGGAGUCCCUGCAAGGUACUCGUAUCAAAAAUAUGAUUGCCUGGUGUAAUGAACAAAGCUGUGCCGUUUGGUCUCUUGAAACGCCUACUGGAAUCGACGCAGGCUCGGGCCUUCCAAACUUUGACCUAAACGUUCAACCAAGCGCCAUAAUAAGUACCGGCUGGCCGUUAACAUCUUUAAACCUCCUCGACUGUGAGGAACUCUACUUAUGCGAUAUUGGAAUCCCCCACCAGUGCUACACUCUAAGAAACUCUCUCCGUAAAUUCCAUGCAGCUGUGGACAUAUUUGUCGGCGAAGGCGUAGUGCAAUUAACCAGGUAA